GGCCAGAAAUUUUGGCCAUUUCGGCUAUAAAUAUGUUGUCUCGUGGCCAGUUCUUCACUAGUGUUCUCCCGUCUCUGGAAACAGCAACAGCAUGAAAUUCUUCGCCGUCUUGUCUCUGGCCCUCCUGGCUUUGGCCUCCGCCGAUGUCAGCCACCUCACCAACACCUACCUGCCACCCCACUCCGCCGCUGCCUCCACCAGCUACGAGUCCUACCAGGAGGCUCCCGUCGAGGCCACCAACUCGGUGGAGACCUACGAGUCCGCCCCCGCCGCCGAGGCCAGCUACGAGUCCGAGUCCUACUCCGCUCCUGCUGCCUCUUACACCAGCGAGUCCUACGCCGCUCCAGCUGCCGCCGAGGAGUCCGUCUCCUACGAGCAGCCCGCUGCCUCCUACGUGGCUCCUGUAGUGGCCAAGACCACCUACACUGCUCCCGCUGUCUCCAAGGCCUACAUCGCUCCCGCCGUCACCUCCACCUACACCGCUCCGGUUCUGGGCAAGAGCUACACUAGCUACUCGGCUCCCGCCGUGGUCAAGACUUACUCGGCUCCAGCUGUGACUUCCUACACUGCUCCUGUUGUGGCUAAGACCUACACUGCCCCAGCUGUGUCCACCUACUCGGCUCCUGCUGUCUCCACCUACUCUGCUCCUGCUGUGGUCAAGACCUACACCGCCCCUGUGGUGGCCAAGACCUACACCGCUCCUGCCGUGGUCAAGACCUACACCGCCCCUGUGGUGGCCAAGACCUACACCGCUCCUGCCGUGGUCAAGACCUACACCGCCCCUGUGGUGACCAAGGCCUACACCGCUCCCGCCGUAGUCAAGACCUACUCUGCCCCCGCCGUCUCCACCUACACCGCUCCCGCUGUGGUGGCUAAGACCUACUCCGCCCCGGCAGUGUCCACCUACUCCGCCCCGGCUGUGUCCACCUACACCGCCCCCGCUGUCUCCACCUACACCGCUCCAGUUGUGACCAAGGCCUACACCGCUCCCGCCGUGGUCAAGACCUACUCCGCCCCAGCUGUGUCCACCUACACCGCCCCCGCCGUCUCCAGCUACUCUGCUCCCGCUGUGGUGGCCAAGACCUACUCCGCCCCGGCUGUCUCCUCCUACACCGCUCCCUCAGUGGUCAGCAGCUACUCCGGAUCCGGCACCGUCUACGGUUCCAACGGUGGUUACGUUUACUAGAUACUGAAUCCACCAAAAACGAAGCUAAUCAUACAACGAACUUUUUUUUUUAACGUGAAAUAAAUCAUAAAUAAUGUGCUAAAAAAAAACAAAAA